GAGGAUGCUUGUGAGGAGCAAAGAAAAGAAUAUUUGAGGAGCUUUGUUGGCUUCUUGGAGAACUCUUGAGUUCUUUGAAGAGCAAACAAAGAGAAGAAGAAUUAAGAAGAAGGAAAGAAAAACACUAGUAAAGAGUAGUUAUGGGGUUCAUAAAUAUUGAUAAUCCUUGGGUGGUCAUUGCUGGUGUAUUAGGAAACAUCAUAUCAUUCCUAGUGACCCUAGCCCCAUUGCCAACAUUUUAUAGGAUUUGCAAGAAGAGGUCCACAGAGUCAUUUCAAUCAACACCAUAUGUUGUGGCCAUGUUUAGUGCAUUAACAUGGUUGUACUAUGCCCUCCUCACCUCCAAUAUUUUGGUACUCACCAUCAAUACAAUCACACUCCUCAUUGAAUCUAUCUACAUCUCCAUCUUCCUUGCAUUUGCUCCUAAGAAAGCCAAGGUGUCAACAAUGAAAUUACUUUUAUUUCUAAACUUGGGGGUAUUUGGAGCUCUUGUCCUUCUCACACUCACAUUAUUGAAGGGAACCCAACGCAUUGAUAUUGCUGGCAUGAUUUGUGCCACCUUUGCCAUUAGUGUCUUUGCUGCCCCUCUCAGCAUUAUUAAAUUAGUUAUAAAAACAAAGAGCGUGGAGUAUAUGCCAAUAUCUUUGUCCUUCUUCCUCACUUUGAGCGCAAUUGCAUGGCUCAGUUACGGAGUUCUCCUCAAGGAUCUGUUUAUAUCGUUGCCAAAUGUGGUGGGAUUCAUGUUUGGAAUUGCACAAAUGAUCCUUUACUGCAUCUACAUGAAGCGUAAGAAUGAUGAUAAGUUCAAUGACAAUAGCAUUGAGCCUCUUCCAAUCACUACAAAGUCCACAGAGAUGGAAGUAGUCAUCAAUGAUCAAGAGAUGAAGAGUGUUUGCAUUGAUCACAUGAUCAAGGUUGAUGUAGUCUCUGAGACUACUACUAAUGAUCUCACCCAGAAACCCUAACUUUUCUUCUAGUUCCAGUACAAGUUAAUUAGCAGAAGAUGAUGAUGAUGAUAAUGAAUUUGUGUGGUUUCUUAACAAGCUUUAUUUUCUGUGAAAAUAAUAGCUAUAACAUGGCUUACUUAAAGUGAUAUUUAUAAUGUAUGUGUGUUUUUUGUUCAAAUAAAAAAUGUAGUCUUUUUUACUGUUCUU